CUGGCUACAUCCAGUACUGAUUUUACUUUCACCCUUUGCACCUGGGAAGUUUUCUGUUUUUCCCUCAACUGUUGCAGACAUGCUCUCUCUGACGUUAAGGCAAAGAUUACAGCCCCUUUUUCUCAGUGCUUCAGCAUGUUUGGGCCAACAGAGGCAGAUGACUGCAAAAUCUUGCAGAAGACACCUCAGCAACAGCAGCAGCAGCGAUGGGUGGACAGGACAGGAGAGCCUGGCUCAGGAUGACCCAGAGAUGUGGAGACUCCUGCAGCAGGAGAAGGACAGGCAGUGUCGGGGACUGGAGCUCAUCGCAUCAGAGAACUUCUGCAGUCGUGCAGCUUUGGAGGCACAGGGCUCCUGUCUGAACAACAAAUACUCUGAGGGAUACCCAGGACAAAGAUACUACGGAGGUGCAGAGAUUGUCGACCAGAUCGAGCUGCUGUGUCAGAAGCGAGCUCUCUCGGUCUUUGGUCUGGAUCCCAAUCUGUGGGGCGUUAAUGUUCAGCCAUACUCUGGAUCCCCUGCUAACUUUGCAGCCUACACCUCUGUGCUGCAGCCUCAUGACCGCAUCAUGGGCCUGGAUCUGCCUGAUGGGGGACACCUUACCCACGGCUACAUGUCAGACAACAAAAGAGUCUCAGCCACCUCUAUUUACUUUGAAUCGAUGCCUUACAAAGUGGAUCCCCAAACAGGUCUCAUAGAUUAUGACCAGCUGGAGAAGACUGCUCGCCUUUUUAGACCCAGACUUAUCAUAGCAGGAACCAGCGCCUACGCUCGUCUCAUCGACUACUCUCGCAUGAAGAAGUUGUGUGCGGAGCUGAGUGCCUACCUGCUGGCAGAUAUGGCUCAUAUUAGUGGCCUGGUGGCUGCAGGAGCUGUUCCCUCUCCUUUUGAGCACGCUGACCUUGUGACUUCCACCACCCAUAAGUCCUUGCGUGGAGCAAGGGCUGGCCUGAUCUUCUACCGGAAAGGUGUGAGGUCCGUGGAUAAGAAAGGCAGGGAAGUCCUUUAUGACCUCCAGGACAGAGUGAACUUUGCUGUGUUUCCAUCACUUCAGGGAGGACCUCACAACCAUGCCAUUGCUGGGGUGGCUGUCGCCCUCAAACAGGCUUCCACUCCCAUGUUCAAGAGAUACAUCCAUCAAGUGCUGCUGAACACCAAAGCCAUGGCCAAUGCUUUGUUUAAGAAAGGCUACACUUUGGUGUCAGGUGGAACAGACAACCACCUGGUUUUGGUUGAUCUUCGACCUCGUGGUAUGGAUGGUGCUCGAGCUGAGAGGGUCCUAGAGCUGGUGUCAAUCACGGCCAACAAGAACACCUGUCCUGGAGAUAAGAGCGCCCUCACUCCAGGAGGACUUCGACUUGGAGCUCCAGCUCUGACCUCUCGGCAGUUUAAGGAGGCAGAUUUUGAAAAAGUUGUGGAGUUGAUUGAUGAAGGGAUUCAGAUUGCACUGGACGUGAAGAAGAAGACCGGAAACCUGGCUAGCUUCAAGUCAUUUCUGCUGGAGGACCAAGAUACAGUGUCACGCAUCACAGAGCUCCGCCAGCGGGUGGAGCUAUUCGCCAGGCCCUUCCCCAUGCCGGGAUUUACUGACCAUUAGAAAAAACUCAGACAAACAAGCUGUAAUGCAGAGUGUUACACUUUGUUUUGUUUUUUAGACAUACAUAUAAUGCAUAUAAUAAUAUAAUAAUUUGGUAAAAAACAAACAAACAUCAGUUUAAAUUGAUCAGAGUGCAACAAUACAGCAUGGCAUUUCUACAUUAACUGGAAGCAUUAAAAUUACCAGCUGAGCUGAAAAAUGUAACAUAGUAACAGAUAUUGAUAUGGACAGAAAUGCCAGGUGAGGUGAAUGCAUUAAAAAUAAAUGAUAAAAGUCACAACUCGUUAAAAAAUGACUCUAAGGAGGUUGGAAAGAAAGCAACUCAGCUUCUCAGCUCAGCUCCAAGAGACUUCUUCAGUUCUAACUCUGCAUUUCUAAGUAGCAUGUAAACAUUCAUUAUGUAUAACAUUGUACUAAUGCAGACAUUUAAAAUGUCUUCAUAGGAGAAUGUGUAUGUUUUAAAAGGUAAUGUAAACUACUGCAGUGUUCUUAUAGAGUGUUAUAAAUAACUACUACAUACACUGCAGUUUAUAGCUAAUCUGUGCUAAGUUACAUUCAAGUGGAUACUAUUAACUUCUGUUUCAUUGUAUCAGCGAUCAAUUUAGUGGAACAAUUUAUUAUAUACAUUGACUAUAAAGGAUCUAAAGUGAUUUGAUUUGUUACUAGCUUGCAGUGAUAGGUGGAUAGUAGUGAUUAUAUUCAUAAAAAUGGUAUUCAAUAGGACUAGAGUGUAAAUGGUACACAGCAAUGGACCUAAAUUGUGAGUUAACAGCACUCUGGAAUUUGCUUUCGCCUUCUUGUCAGGACUGUUGUUUGCUGCCCAAACACAAGAAGGACCCUUAUGCUUUCGGGUAUUUUUGGCAUUUGGUUGCUAAGUCUGCUUUAGAGCUUUUACUGACUUCAGGCUUUGUUCUGCACUCUGGGAAACUUGCAGCAGCUGUGUUGGGAAUUGAGCACAGGUUCAGUUUACAUCCACAGAUCCACUAACAUGAAUAGAAAACAGUAAAGUAGCACAGGCGUUUCAAAACAAGGCUUCAGAUUUGUGUGUAUGUGUGUGUGUCUAAUGUAAUAGUAGCUUUUGUAGUUUUACUUUGACUUCUAUAGAAAUCAUUUCUGAGGAAUGUAUAACAUGAAUAUGCAUCUUUUAAACUGCAAUAAAACUGAUGCUGAAUAUUUA